CUGUCUGUACAGACUGGGUGGCCUCUGUAAAACUCCACCCACCACCGCAGCCUAUAAUUUCCCCAAAUUUGCCACCUGCACCUCACUAGUAUUGUACCAUCUUCUGUUGCAGUCUUCUGUUUUUGGUCUUUUUUUUUAACUUUGCCUCCUCAGCUGAGGUGCACCAAGAAGCAGGAGGAGAGCACCAUGGCCUCCAUGGGGAUGCAAGUCUUGGGCAUUGCCUUGUCAGUGCUCGGCUGGCUAGGCACCAUCCUCUGUUGUGGGUUGCCCAUGUGGAGGGUGACAGCCUUUAUAGGCAACAACAUCGUGGUGGCCCAAAUUAUUUGGGAGGGCCUGUGGAUGGAAUGUGUGGUCCAGAGCACAGGACAGAUGCAAUGCAAGGUCUACGAGUCUAUGUUGGCAUUGGUGGUGGACAUGCAGGCUGCUCGGGCGCUGGUGGUCAUUGCCAUCGUGCUGGCUAUCGUUGGCAUCUUCUUCUCCAUCAUCGGAGGAAAGUGCACCAACUGUGUGGAAGACGAAGCUACCAAAGCGAAGGUGAUGAUAGUCGCUGGAAUUAUUUUCAUCCUCUCCAGCAUCAUGCUUCUCAUUCCGCUCUGCUGGACGGCAAACAACAUCAUACGAGACUUCUACAACCCCAUGGUCCCAGACAGCCGAAAGCGGGAACUGGGUGCUUCUCUCUACAUUGGCUGGGCCUCCUGUGGCCUGCUGCUCAUUGGAGGAGGGCUACUGUGUUGCAACUGCCCCCCCAGACCCGAGAAACCCUAUUCGACAAAGUACACAGCAGCUCAAUCAAUGCCAGCCAGCAACUAUGUCUAAGCCAUUCUUCCUCCCCACCUUGGCCUGGAGACUUUGCACCACAGAGGAGGCAGUUAGGGACUAAGUAGACUUGAAUGUGAGGAGGGACCCUCCUUUUCCAUCCUGUGGACUUGGCGCAGCGGCAGGAGCCCUGGCAUAUUUCGUCUGGAUUUGGGAAGCAGGGAUUGAUGUCCUGCGUUCACCUGUUUGAACAAACAUCUCUCAAGAGCCAGAGUCUGACAGCUGCUCCCAUCCAAAUUAAACUGAAAACUGGCUUCUGUGACAUUGAUGGAAGACUAGUCACCUUCAGACUCCCCAGGAUCUUAGCCUGCUCAGCUCGACUGACAAGUGGGAGAAAGAUUGCUGAAGUGGAGGCUCAAGUGGAGUGCAGCAGCA